UUCAGAUGCACUCAAUCGAUGGAUGGAUCCAGAGAGUAAUAGUAAAAUAUUAUUGUAUACGAAGGGAAGUUCACCUACCGGUGCGUUUCGGCGGCUUUUCAAUAUCAGUGAAGCUCUCCAAAAGCUAAAAAUUGAAGUUGGAAUUGCUUUACCAAGUAUUUCUGAAAAUUUUUCGUUGGUGAUCAAAAUUCAUGAAAAAGUAGAAGUUUAUUCUUCGGACGAGAUCCCUCAAAUCCUUGGAAUUAUAAGCGCCGCAAUAGAAAUGAAUGGAUCUAUUGAAAGCCAAUUUUAUGCACUAAAAGCAUUACAUUCGAAGAUUCAAUUACCACUUCAGCCUGAGAAAAUAGAUGAUUUAAAUCAUUUGUUGUCUUUAUUAGGAAAAAAUGAAGUCCAUAUCGCCCAAUCGUACAUGGAUACGCUUAAGCAGAUUAGAUGUCGUGAAGAUACCCGAUGGAAAUUUUUUAUCUCUCUGGAUGCGCUGGACACAGCAUUCAAUUCUAUUAAAUACUGCAACACCUUUUCAGAAUAUGAAUGGAUUGUUGGUGAUUCAGGUGUACAGGGCUUACAUGCAGCUCCUUACUUAUUUGUUAUUCGUCAGGGGGAGAUAAAGGCAGUCUGCUUGGACGACCUAGAUUUUCAAAUUCUCAUCAAGCUUUUUAACGUUAAGGCUAAUGAUGAGCCUGAUUUAUCGGUUUUGUCUCCUGAAUCCCUUUGUUAUUCAUUUUAUCCUGAUCGAGCUCGAUUUGCCAUAGAAAUGAUCAAAAUUGUCGAUCAAUCCAAGUGUCAUAACUUCGAUACCGCCAAUCUUGGAAUACCCUUAUUUAAGCAGGUUCCAGACCAAAGAUUGACCGAAACAUUGGAUAUUGCACGCAGUGCACUUUCAAAAAACGACUUGAACGUAAUUUCAUCAGUCGCAUGUAUUGUUGCCAGAAAUCAUAACGAUAUAAUCAAUCUUUUCACGAAGCAUGGAUGGAAUAGUGCUGAAUCAAAGUUUGAUAUAAAAGCCAGUAGUGAAGAAAAUUGGAAAUCACUUUACAUUGGACUCGAAAGUUGGCUAAAGUUAAAAGAUCCAUUUUUAGCAAAA